AUGCACCAUGCUUGCUGUGAAUUGUUGGCACAGGCUCACUUCGGAGGAAUCAGCUCGGUCAUCGUCAAUUACCUGCUCGAGCAAAGAACAGAACAACCGGGGAUUGGCGUGGCUUUUGUUUACUGCGAGAGCCAGGAGCAGGCGAAUCAAACCGUGAAACACUUGAUUGGGUCGCUCCUUCAGCAGCUCGCCUCCAAGAACGAAUCCGUGCACCGCGACAUACGAUCCAUGUACCAGUCAAAGAAAGAUGCGGGUAUCGCAUCUCUGAAGGAUCUUGUCCAGCUUUUGCUGCGUGCACGUGAUUAUCACGUCAAACUGUUUAUCAUCGUUGACGGCCUGGACGAGCUGCGAGAUGAAACCCGGCAGGUCCUUCUCAAACUUCUCGACGGAGCGCAGGCAGAAUUUAUCCGUGUUCUUGUCACCGGUCGUCCUUUUGCUGUUCGGCCCCGCGGAAUAUCUGAUCCAGGCCUCCAUAUUGAAAUUCAGGCUAAGGAAGACGACAUACGGACGUUUGUACAGGCCUACAUCCAGGACAGCACUGACCUACAGUUCGUUAUCGACGGAGACAAGUCAUGGCAAGGCCGCGUAGUCGCAGAAGUUGUUAAAAAGGCCGCUGGUCAAUUCGCCCUUGCGUACAUGUAUUUGACUCGAAUUGCAAGCGAAACGUGCAAAGCGGACGUUAGGGCGGCUUUACAUACCGUUGGGGGUACUCUGCCAGAGAAAUACGGCCAAACAAUCGAGCGCAUCAGAGAGUCGACCCGGCGAGCCAAGCUCGCUUUCCGGGUCUUUCAGUGGCUGCUCAGGGCCAGGACCGCGCUAAGGACCGACGCCUUAUGUGAAGCGCUUGCCAUCGACGAACGAGAUAAGAGAUUGUCCAAGGAACGCAUGCCUAGCAUUGAGACCAUACUUAAUGUCUGUCAAGGUUUUGUGGUGGUGAGAGAACUCUCAAAGACUGUUGAUUUCUUCCACGCCACGAUUAGGGAGUACCUUGAGGCCUCGCCCGAGAUCUUCAAAGAUGUGCCGGUGGAUGUCGUCAAGAGCUGUCUGACAUAUGUGUCUCUCGACGACUUCAUCCAUCCUUGCUCCAAUGCCGCAGAUCUUCGAAGGCGACAGAACGACCAUCCUUUUGCAGCCUAUGCAGCACGAUACUGGCCUGAUCACGUCCGAGGAUCCUCAGAGCAUGUGCACCAAACCUUACUGGUGAACAUAUUGACCACCAGCAAUGUUGUAAGUAUGAUUCAGCUAGUUCCAGAGGCCUAUGAUCGUCUUUUCGGGCGCCCCAUGGAACUCUUGGAGAACCAAACACACGAAGCACGUAUCCCGAUAUAUCUGUCGGCGUGUUUCCAGCUUAAAGAAACACUCAAGGUCUUUUUGUCCCAAGAACCGCAUAACGCAAGUACAACCGUGCCCUGGGGGGCCUCCUACUCGCCUUUGCAUGCUGCGAUCUGGCUUGACGACGAACAGGCGUGCCAGGAACUACUGAACGCAGGAGCCAAGGUGGAUGUGCAAGAUGACUGUCUUCUUACUCCGUUGCAUCUCGCUAUCCCGCUUCAGAGGUCUUCUACGUCGCAGAUUGUUGAGCUACUCUGCGCAGCGAAGGCCACCAUUAGUAUGCCGGAUCAGGAUGGACAAACAGUAUUGCACACCGCAGCUAUCCAUACGGGCCCAGAUGUAUUGAGGUUACUACUCGAACAUGUUGAUAAGGCCAGGGUAGAUGACCAGGACUCCUCCGGAUGUACAGCCCUGCAUUAUGCUAUUAGGCGGGAAAGACCUCAGUCAACACAGCUACUUCUUGCAGCUGGUGCACACCCGACGACAGUCGACAAGCAAGGCAUGAAUGCGCUAGAUGCGGCAGCAAGUGUUGGAGAUGCAGACAUAGUUAGAUUGCUCUUAACGUCGACGAAUACCAAUGGGCGUUCCUAUCCUUUUGACAGUGACCAACGAGACACUGCCGAGGAUUUUCUGAGAGCACACUACAAAAAGGCCGAAGCCCAAGCCGAGGUGCAGAAGGCAUCGGUAUGCCAGCAAGAGGCGGAGAUUGGCCGAAAGGUCCGCGAGCAGAGAGACAAGAAGCUGGAGGAAUUGAUUAAGGCUGGAGGAGACUACCAACCUUCGCACCACGAGACAGUCAGCAAACGUGUAAAAGGCCUCGUAUACGCAGCUGCAAAGGGACAUUCUGAGUGGUUGCAGAAAGAAAUCACGAGAACUGCUCACCUGGACGAACUAGAUCCGUUUUAUGGACUCAAUGCUCUCCAUGAGGCGGCCAUGUUCAACAGAUCCAAUGGUGUUUGGCAUUUACUCGCAGCCGGAGCUGAUCCGACCGUCAAGAACGCACGAGGCCGUACAGCAAGAGAUCUCGCUACUGCUUACGGGCAUACCGACGUGUUGAAGCUCUUUGAUAAUGAUUACUGGCUUCAGUAUGCCAGCGAGUCUGGGCGUCAGACCUACCUCAUCCUAUCUCUUCAACAAUCUCAAGCUUGUCCGAAGUGCCGUGAAGUACGGCAACAAGGUGACGACCGGCUGUCUGCAGCGAGUCCAUCGCCAGUCAUUGCCUCCACCGACUACGAAGCGGCAUCCGGCGGCGUAGAUGAGGAUUUGCCUGAGUAUCCCAACCAGCUCAGAGAGCAGCGGGUCUAUCGUAUCAGUCCCAUGGCGGCGAAGCCGGCUGAGACUGGGAGGAAGAAGGAUGAACGUGGCUUCACUUGA